AUGGAGCUUCUGGUCCUAGCGACGUUCUUUCAGCUCACGCUGCUCCAGACCAACUUCUCUCCAGUAGCGUCCUAUGAACAGUGCGAUGGUCAACGGUACUACAACACCUGCGGAGGCGGUGGCAUGUGUCAAUACGUCCUGAUUUGCCUGGGAGACAUGACAGAGUACAGAUACUGUCCGUCUUUGGACCCCAGCAAACCAUACUGUAACCGGGGAGAGUGUUCCGAAACUCCGGACUUUAGCCUGGAAGACUGCUCCCCAAGGGUGAUUUAUUGCUCUGGUACUGGGAUAUUCCCUGAUCCAGAUGUGUGUUCGUUGUACCACAAUUGCACAUCGCCGCAGGUGCUGUCCACCGUACUGCAGUGUCCCGAGGGGGAAGUCUUUGAUCCGGAAGCGUUGGCCUGUAAACUGCCAACUGGGCCGGAAAAUUGCAUGAGAGUUCGAUGUACGGUGGACGAGCUGUUUUCCCGCUACGGAACCAGCAAACGCUUCUACGGAUACUGCGAAUUGAUGCCCAACGGAUAUUCGUAUUCCGAUACUAGAAUCUACAGGUGCCCGGAUGGGACCACGUUCAACGGACGCAUGUGUUCGUACCAGUGCCCUGAAGUGGGUCGUUUUGCAAACGGUGCCAACCCGAGUGCCUAUUACGAGUGUUACGAACAGGGCGGUGAAGCGAUCAGCAUGACUUGUGCCCCAGGGAAGGUGUUUGAUGCAUCUAGAUCGGCGUGUAGGACACCGAUGGUGUAA